AGGAAAAAGAAAGACUUGGCAGCCAACUUGAGCUGCCUGUCAGCAUCUCUUUCCCCGUUCUUUCCUCUCUUUGUGUAACACCCCUUCCCUCCUACAGACCACCCAAAGCCCUAUAAAUAAUCGGAGCGCUCUGCUUCCUCCCUCAGUCUUUAGCCCGGCAGCCUGUUCAGAAGGUGAGCCGAGGGUACUAAGAAAGGCAGAAGGGAGGAAGAGGAGAGAGCCAGAAGGAAGAGCAAGAGGAGGAGAGAAGAGAAGGCGCAGGAGAAGGAGCCACCAUGGCCAGCGAAUUCAAGAAGAAGCACUUCUGGAGGGCGGUGGUGGCCGAGUUCUUCGCCAUGACCCUCUUCAUCUUCAUCAGUAUCGGCUCGGCCUUGGGCUUCAAUUUCCCCCUGGACCAGGGGAACCAGACCAGCUCCCGCGCCCAGGACAACGUGAAGGUCUCGCUGGCUUUCGGGCUCUCCAUCGCCACCUUGGCCCAAAGCGUGGGCCACAUCAGUGGGGCUCACCUGAACCCGGCCGUCACCCUGGGCCUCCUCCUGAGCUGCCAGAUCAGCAUCUUCCGGGCGCUCAUGUACAUUGUUGCCCAGUGUUUGGGGGCCAUUGUGGGCACGGCGAUCCUUUCGGGAGUCACCAGCAAUCUGGAGAUGAACUCGCUCGGCCUCAAUGGGGUAAGGUGGCAUCGAAGCCUUUCUUUUCCGGCUUUUGCACAGAGUGGCAGACAGAAAUUGAAUAGGGGAAACUUUUCCUCGCAACUGUGUGAGAGACAGAAACCAAAACCAGGAUCUCCUCUGCCUUUUGUCGUUUUGGAGGCAGAGGAAACUGGGGCAGAUGAAAGUUGUCAUAUCAGAGUCACCAAAAACUGA